GGCCUUCACCACGGGGACACCUCCGGCUCCACGGUACCACCACUCUGCCGUGGUCUAUGGGAGCAGCAUGUUCGUCUUUGGUGGUUACACUGGAGACAUUUAUUCCAACUCCAACCUGAAGAACAAAAACGACCUGUUUGAAUACAAGUUUGCAACAGGACAGUGGACAGAGUGGAAGACUGAGGGGAGGUUGCCCGUGGCCAGGUCAGCUCACGGUGCCACAGUGUACAGUGACAAGCUGUGGAUCUUCGCUGGAUAUGAUGGCAACGCUCGGUUGAAUGACAUGUGGACAAUUGGCCUGCAGGACAGAGAGCUCACAUGCUGGGAUGAGAUUGAACAAAGUGGUGAAAUUCCUCCUUCCUGCUGUAACUUUCCCGUGGCAGUUUGCAAAGACAAGAUGUUUGUUUUCUCUGGCCAGAGUGGAGCAAAGAUUACCAAUAAUCUCUUCCAGUUUGAGUUCAAGGAAAAGAUCUGGACACGGAUCCCCACGGAGCACCUGCUGCGGGGCUCUCCGCCCCCGCCCCAGCGGCGUUACGGUCACACCAUGGUCGCCUUCGACCGGCACCUCUACGUUUUCGGGGGGGCUGCAGACAACACCCUGCCCAACGAGCUCCACUGCUACGACGUGGACUCCCAGACCUGGGAGGUCAUCCAGCCCAGCCCAGACAGUGAGUUACCCAGUGGGAGACUCUUCCACGCCGCAGCUGUUAUCUCGGAUGCUAUGUACAUCUUUGGUGGCACAGUGGACAACAACAUCAGAAGUGGAGAGAUGUACAGGUUCCAGUUUUCCUGUUACCCUAAAUGCACCCUCCAUGAGGACUAUGGAAGGCUGUGGGAAAACAGACAGUUCAGUGACUUGGAGUUUGUUUUGGGAGAGAAGGAGGAGCGAGUCCGAGGGCACACGGCCAUCGUCACUGCUCGCUGCAAGUGGCUGAAAAAGAAAAUCAUACAGGCCAGGGAGAGGGUGAAACAGAAAUCAAAGCAAGACCUUGAAGAGGAGGGCCACACGCCGUGCCAGAAGGAUGGGAUCGGUGGGAACGUCAAGCUGUGCCGCCUGCAGCCGCUGCUGGAGGUGCCCAUCCGGGAGGCAGAGGCACAGCCCUUCGAGGUGCUCAUGCAGUUCCUGUACACGGAUAAAAUAAAGUAUCCCCGCAAAGGUCACGUGCAGGAUGUGUUACUCAUUAUGGAUGUGUACAAACUGGCCUUAAACUUCAAGCUCUCUCGACUGGAACAGCUCUGCCUUCAGUAUAUCGAAGCAUCUGUAGAUCUGCAGAACGUGCUCAUUGUGUGUGAGAAUGCUAACAAGCUUCAGCUGGAUCAGCUAAAGGAACAUUGCCUGAACUUCGUGGUGAAGGAAUCCCAUUUUAAUCAAGUCAUAAUGAUGAAGGAGUUUGAGCACCUUUCUUCAUCCCUCAUCGUGGAGAUUGUCCGGAGGAAGCAGCAGCCUCCUGUCCGGACCCACUCGGACCAGCCGCUCGACAUCGGAACAUCUUUAAUUCAGGACAUGAAGGCUUACCUGGAGGGUGCUGGGACUGAGUUCUGUGACAUCAUCCUGCUGCUGGACGGACACCCACGGCCAGCACACAAAGCCAUCCUGGCCGCUCGCUCCAGCUACUUUGAAGCCAUGUUCCGCUCCUUCAUGCCCGAGGACGGGCAAGUGAACAUCUCUAUAGGGGAAAUGGUGCCCAGCAAGCAAGCCUUCGAGUCCAUGCUUAGGUACAUCUACUAUGGGGAAGUGAACAUGCCUCCUGAAGACUCUCUGUACCUAUUUGCUGCACCUUACUACUAUGGGUUCUCCAACAACAGACUCCAGGCCUACUGCAAGCAGAACCUGGAAAUGAAUGUCACCGUGGAGAAUGUGCUCCAGAUUUUGGAGGCAGCUGACAAGACCCAGGCCCUGGACAUGAAGAGGCACUGCCUGCACAUCAUCGUCCACCAGUUCACCAAGGUCUCCAAGUUGCCAAACCUCCGCUCCCUCAGUCAGCUCCUCCUCCUUGACAUCAUAGAGUCCUUAGCUACCCACAUCUCAGACAAGCAGUGCGCGGAGCUGGGCGCAGACAUAUGA